AUGCUCUGGACUUUGUGGUUUGGGCUCCUCGCGGCCCUGCUCAGCAGAACCGUGACGGCGCAGGCUAAUGCCAUCUACCGCGACCCCGACACCGGCCUCGUGUUUUCUUCCAACUACGUGCUGUACAGGGUAAACCAGGGCAUCACUUACCGCGUAGCCAUUCCGGCCAACGUCCAGACCUACACCUCCUACGAUGCCGUUAUCCAGGCCGUCAUUCCUAACGAUGUCGGUUGGGCCGGUAUUGCCUGGGCUGGCUCUAUGCCCAGGAACCCGUUGACUGUUGCCUGGAGAAACAGCCAGAACCAGCCGGUGCUCUCCUCUCGCUGGGCUGGGCCUACAACAACGCCCAGUACACCCUUUUCAGGACCGGCACCAAGUCCAACGGCACCCACGUGGCAGUACACCGCUCUCUGCAAGGGAUGCACUUCGUGGACGACCGACACCGGCGCCUCCCGCUUCCUGAGCCCCAGGGGAGGAAACCGCAUGGCUUUUGCCUACUCCCCCAACCGUCCUUCUUCCCCCAACAGCCCCACCUCGACCAUCCCAAUCCAUGACGUCCAUGGAUACUGGCAACACGACUUCUCGGGGGCUGCCAACCAGGACUUUGACGCCAUUGUCGAGAGACUUGCGAGCGGUGUCUAA